UUAAAGCAACUUGGUUAAGCCCGGUUGCUCUUAACCUACUUCUGAUAUAUCACAUAUUGCCACCUUAUGACUAACUACGUUACUGGUUAAGGUGACUUUCGAAACAGCAAAACCACCUAGAAAUAUAAAUGAAACUAUUUUACUGGAUUCCGAUGUCUGGAGUAGUCCGCCUGUCAGAGUCGACCCGUAUCACAUGAAGAGCAGUUAACGGGUGGUAACAAAUCGAGCGCUCCCGGUGCCGCGUUUUGUUUUUCAGCGGUGUAUCGUUUUUGGCCUGUCAAAACGUUGGACUUUUUACUGCAAGAGACGAGAUUGGAAGAAGAGGGAUGCACAUGACUAAAAAGACUAAGAACACAAUGAAACCACCAUCACAGGCUCAGUCAUCCCCUGUACGGAGCAUAGUAUUUGAAGGUGUCUACAACAAUGCCCGCAUGCUUCAUUUUCUCACAGCAGUUGUGGGUUCCACCUGUGAUGUGAGAGUGAAAAAUGGCACAGUGUAUGAAGGAAUAUUCAAGACUCUGAGCUCACAGUGUGAGCUGGCUGUGGAUGCUGUUCAUAAACGCUGCGAUGGGGAUGUAGGAGGAGGAGGUGAGGGAGGAGGGGGAGAAAACCAGGCUUCUCUGCCCAGAACUGAGGAUAUCACCGACACCAUGAUCUUCAGCCCGACUGACCUGGUCACCAUGACCUGCCAGGAUGUUGACCUCAACUUUGCUGUCAGAGACACAUUCACUGACACAGCCAUCGGUUCAUCGCGGGUGAAUGGGGAGCACAGGGAGAAGGUGCUGCAAAGAUGGGACGGAGAUGGAAAUGGAGAAAACUUCGAGCUGGAAUCGGACACAUCAAACGGCUGGGAUGCCAACGAGAUGUUCAGAUUUAAUGAGGAGGCAUACGGCAUCAAGUCCACCUAUGACUCCAGCCUCUCCAUGUACACUAUGCCUUUGGAAAAGGGGAACUCAGACGUUUACCGGCAGCGUGAGGCACGAGCAGCUCGGUUAGCCAACGAGAUCGAGGGCAGCCUGCAGUACCGUCGACGGGUUUCUAUAGAGAAUGACGAGGGCAAGAGUGAAGAGGAAAAAUACAGCUCUGUGGCUCGAGAGAGAGAGGACAGGGCCAGCCCUGGGUUCUCCUCCACCAGCAGGGAAGGCAAAUACAUUCCUCUUCCGCAGAGGGCUCGAGAGAUCGGCCUGUCUGCCGGCAACAUGAGGGGUGGAGCUUCCGGUCGAACCACAGCACUGACAUCUUCCAGACAUCCACCACCCAGCUCCUCCUCACCCAAACCGCCCUCUGAUAGGAGCAGCCCGCAGUCUGUCAGAACUUCCUACUCUCCCCACCAGACUCAGUGCAGUCCGCCUGGAGCCAGCAGCCCUCCCUGCACCAAUCAUGUUCUCCCACACUCCCUCUCACACCCACAGGCGCUGGCUGAUACAACAUGCUCAUCUGUUAAUGGAGUUGCUUCGAGAUCCUCCCCAAAAUCCCAGAGACUUCAAAGCAACAGAAACCUGCGAACCCCAAACUCCCAGUCCUCACCUGCAGUUUCUCGUGCUGCAAAACCCGAAGCCCCUCCCCAGGACCUCGCCCUGAUUGGCCCUGGCUUCCUGGAUGUCUCCUCCUCCACUAUCACCACAGCAUCCAGCUGCAAACCCUCUGGCCCCACCCCCCUCUUCCCUGUGGAUGUGAAUGAAAUCCUCAGCACAGCAGCUAAAGAGCGAACCGAAAGUCAGCCCAGCUCCUCUCCUUCAGCAACCCCAGCCUCUGCAGAUCCUCCUCAGCAGAGCUCUGCACCAGCUGUCGACUCCUCCUCUUCAUCGUCCCCAGGCCCGCCUAAACCUUCCACCUCCUCUGCAGAUCUGCAGCAAGCUACACAGGUAGCUCCCCCUACCAUGUCCCCUGCUGUGCCUACUCCUCCAGCUCCAGCUGGCCCCCAGGCCUCAGGGCCAGAGAGGUCGCAGCCUGAGACGCCACAGCCGACCCCGACCCCCAGCAGCAGUGAUGAGUCCUGUCCAGAGAGCAGUGAACGAGCAGAGGCUGUGAGUGUAGCUGCAGUGCAAGUGAAAAACUCAACCCUGAAUCCGAAUGCAAAAGAAUUUCUUCCCAUAAAAGGAACCGCAGUGCUGAAACCUGCAUCAACCCCCACUCCUCCUCGAUCAGUACCUCCCACCCCUACUGUGGUGCUACCUCCUCCAGGACAGCCAGGAGGGGGGGGUCUCUAUAGCAGUCCGCCUGGACACUACCUCUCCUACAUCCCUCCCAUCCCCCUCCAAGGACACUCCAUCCAGGCACCACAAAUGUAUCAGUACACCAUGUCGACGGUUAACCAGGGCAAAUACCCCAGAGCCAAAGGUCCGAUGGUGGCACCCCGUCCGGAGCACCACACCUCCCCAGCCUCCCCCAUGAUCUCAGCUGCAGCCUCUGCAGCAGGACCCCCGCUGGUGGCUUCGCCUUACCCCCAGUCCUACCUGCAAUAUGGUCAGGUGAUCCAGGCCAUGCCCCCACACUACCACGGGCAGCCAGUUUACUCUAUGCUACAAGGGGGUGCUAGGAUGUUGACAUCUGGGGCCCCUCCUCAGCCAAUGGGUCCUCCUGGCCCCCAGUACCCCAGCCAAGCUGAGGGCCCGCCAGGGCCACAACAGGCCUUGUAUGCUCCUCAGUCAUUCUCUCACCAUUCGGGCUCCAUCCACCCUCAGCCUUCCAGUACCCCUACUGGGAAUCAACCCCCACCCCAACACACUGCACCCAGUACAGGACACACUCAGUCGAGUCAGGGUGGUCCACAGCCUCAGUCUAUGUUUCAUCCUGGAGGUCUCUCAGCUCCCACCCCUCCAACCCUGCCACCUGGCCACAGCUCCCCCCAGGCCUCCUACACCAUGCAGGGAUACAGCCUCUCCGCCCACCAGCCACUGCCACACGGCUUCCCUUCAAUCAGCCAACUCACACAGGCUCAUGUCACAGGACCUCACCACUCUGGUGGUCACGGCCACCCACCCGUCAUGCUUCACUACGGCCCCCCUCAGCAGGGUAGUGGCUCCAACCCCCCACACGGCCCACCACCCCAACAGGGAGCACCGCAACACUUCUACAUCGGGCCCCCCCAAGCUGUUCAAGUUCAGGCUCACCCGACCCAGCAACUGUCCUUCCAUCCCUCUGCAAACUGAAGUGUCCUUGUCACAGCUGGAGUCUGGAGCGAAGACAGCAGUGUUUACGUGACGAAAUCCCAAGCCACUCAUAACAUUCCCACCUCUUGACAUAAAGUUAACAUCUUUAUUUUUUCCCAGAGAAUUUAGAAAAGCAGAGGGAAGACAAACUUCUCACAGGACAAGAUUCAGUCAACUUUGAGGAGAAAGUUUUAGUGGAUUUUACUAUGUAAGUACAGACUGUUUACACGCAUGGACAUGAAGCUGGACUCAAGACAAACUGGUGGAAGCUUUUGGACUUACGACAGUGAAAACAUUGUUUUUACGCCCAGUUCCACCUCUGUCUUUUCAGACGAAACCAGUUCAUUACUAAUAAAACCACUUAAAAAAUA